UCAAAGCAACAGAAAUGAAAUUCCAUCGUCUUUUCUUUUGCUUUAUAUAGUUAUAAAUUACUAAUUUAAAGUAAAAAAAGACUUAAAGGGUUUUGUUGUUUGCACUUCUAUAUGUAUUUAUGUGAGCACACUAUAAUACAAUGUAUUCUUUCAAUAUGACACCGCUGUUUCCAUCUUUUCUCAACUUCUGAUCACUCAACAAAUGGCCGAGCCCCGUGUCACCAUCACCCUCGGCCCCUCUGGCCAGGUGGUGAAUAGAGGGGGAAGCAAACGAUUUACAGGGUCAGAUGGGUUUUUGUCUGUGAACAGAAGGAGCCGACUAGAUCGUAAUAAAUGGAGACAUGAUGCCAAAACUGGAUCUCGGAUUGCUCAAAAUGAUCUUCGAUUGAAACUAAUGUGGAAAAGGCGUGUUGAAGAGCAGAGGAAGAGGGGCCUACAGGAAAAAAAGGCCAAUGCUUUUCGGUUGCGACACCACCCUCAAGCAAAGGGAACUCACCGUUUGAGGCAGUAUCCUCCACAAGAUAUUUUGGAUGAUUUCCAUCCAGAGGACUCAUUCUCUUCUCAGACCAUGGAUAGAUCAAGAGCUACAUCUCCAGGUAGAAGUUGGACUGCUGUGGGGUUCUCACCUCCGGGAGGUUUUAAUGUGCUGCAACAAGUGCCAGCCAUAAGGGUAGCUGAGUUUUCAAGAGCUGGACAGUUUGUUAGCAAUGAAGUUGGUGCUUCCAGGCAGACCGCUCAUAUGGCAGCUCAAAUGAGCUACCCACUUGCACGAAGUGGUGGCUUCAUGCGAAAGGGUGCUCUAAUGGGUGUGGAACAUCUCACAGUUGCUGAGGUGUUGGAAUCACUUGCUUUGAGGAAAUAUGCUAUUAUUUUUCAGGCUGAAGAAAUUGAUAUGCAUGCAUUGAAGCAGAUGAGUGAUAAGGACCUUAAAGAACUGGGGAUACCAAUGGGACCCAGGAGGAAGAUUUUGCGUGCAGUUAAGUUCCGUCCCAAACAAUCAUGGCCAUAACCGUAAAAGACUCUGCAUUGUAAAGAGCAUAUGUAAUGUUUGUAUUUCUGGGAACUUGUGUGACGGAUAUAACAACAUAGUCAACUUCAUGUAGUUUAUCUUUUGGAAUUGAAUUCUGAUUAGCUUUCUGCUACUGUUUAUGGUUUGAGACAUCUUUGAAUUCUUAGAGGAAUGUAAAUGAUCUGAAAGAUAGAUAUUGAUUGCUUUGUUGACAUGUGGAACAGGAUUUGAAUAAAUAAAUUUGUUAAAUAUAUGUUGCCAGUUAA